AUGGGAUCUAGCAUUUCUUCACCUGGAGCUUCUGUAGAAGAAAAUUCUCGGAAAACUAAAAAUUUCAAUCCAAGACUACAAUUGGGGCAACAUAAUCACCAAUUUGUCAUUGCAAUUCAUCCCCAUAUCUCGAGGGCUGCCAAGGCGAUCUGGGAAUUAGUUUAUAUGGAGCGAAGACGGUGGGUGACGUUGCUGAUUAUCAUGUGCUUAUUUGCUGGUUCAACUGGCAGAGGACUUGAAAUCAAGAAUAAGGUUCCCUCACCACUUUACAAUCACACACUCGCCACAAUUCUGGUGGAAUAUGCUUCUGCAGUUUACAUGUCAGAUUUAACACAACUUUUUACUUGGACCUGUUCAAGAUGUGAUGGCCUGACCACGGGUUUUGAAGUUUUAGAGCUGAUUGUUGAUGUUGAGAACUGCCUUCAGGCCUUUGUUGGGGUUGCAGAUGAUCUUGAUGCAAUUGUUAUUGCAUUCAGAGGCACUCAAGAAACCAGUAUACAGAAUUGGAUUGAGGACUUAUUCUGGAAACAGCUUGAUUUUGAAUAUCCUGGAUGCACAGAUGGGAAGGUGCAUCAUGGGUUUUUUAAUGCUUACAAUAAUACAAUUGUGAGGUCUGGAAUUCUAGAUGGUGUUAGUAGAGCAAAAGAGAUGUAUGGAGACCUCAAGAUUAUGGUGACUGGGCAUUCAAUGGGUGGGGCCAUGGCUGCUUUUUGUGGGCUUGAUCUUGCGCUGAUUUAUGGAGGGAAUAAUGUUGAGGUGAUGACAUUUGGGCAGCCACGAAUUGGGAAUGCUGCAUUUGCAUCUUAUUAUAGUGAAGUUGUACCAAAUACAUUUAGAGUGACACAUGAACAUGAUUUGGUACCACAUCUGCCCCCUUAUUAUCAGCACUUACCACAUAAGACCUAUCAUCACUUUCCAAGAGAGGUGUGGCUGUAUAAUCUUGGAUUUGGAUUUCUUAUUUAUGAAGUUGAGAAGAUAUGUGAUGGAUCUGGUGAAGACCCUGAUUGUAGCAGAUCAGUAUCUGGAAACAGUAUAUCAGAUCAUUUGUCAUACUUUGGUGUUGAAAUGGGGUGUGAUACAUCAAGCAAAUGCAGGAUAGUGAUGGCCCCUAGUCUAUCUUCUUAUGGAAAAGUAGAUGACAAAGGGAAUUUUGCCUUGUCCAGAUCUCCUCCUUCCAAGUUUAUCUCGAAAACCAAAUCACAACCACAAAUGAGCGACCAUUGAUUCAUUAGCAUUGCAUAUUAUUACCAAGCCAAUUGCUGUGCUGUGUUAUGUGUGGGUUUUUGUUGGGACAUUCAUUGUAAAUAUUUAUCUAUGUACAGUUCUUGAUAAUCUUUGAU